CGCCCUCAUCCUAACUUAUUUGCAUUGUGUUAUGUAUCAAAUGUUGAAUUAUAAACUAUUUACCACAGUAUUUACCAGAGUAUAACCGGAUUUACAGACUUGAAGAACAGGGACAGGAGGAGAUCUGUGUGAGAGCUGGAUCCUCUCUGCUGCUGCUGCUGAAGUGUUGGCUAGGGGUGUGAGAAGGUCUGGAUCUCUGAAAUUAGUCUCCAGGAGGAGGAGGAGUGUGAGAAGCUCCAGAUCUCUAAAAUGAGUCUCCAGGAGGAGGAGGAGUGUGAGAAGCUCCAGCUCUCUAAAAUGAGUGUCCAGGAGGAGGAGGAGUGUGAUAUUCAGAGUGAGGGUGAAGACAGACCCCCCUCUCCAGCACCCAGUGGUUUAUCCAUGAAGAGUGACCGAUCAAUGGAACCACCUGAUAGCUUUAAAUCUGGAACAGCAUCACAGAAAAGUAAAAGUGAAGACAGACCCCCCUCUCCAGCACCCAGUGGUUUAUCCAUGAAGAGUGACCGGUCAAUGAAACAACCUCCCACCUUUAAAGCUGGAACAGCAUCACAGAAAAGUAAAAGUGAAGGAAGAUCAACUUCUCCAGCACCCAGUGGUUUAUCCAUGAAGAGUGACCGGUCAAUGAUCCACCCUAUCUACUUUAAAGCUGGAACAGCAUCACAGAGAAGUAAAAGUGAAGGAAGAUCAACCUCUCCAGCACCCAGUGGUUUAUCUAUGAAGAGUGAUCAGUCAAUGAGCCUUCCUCACAACUUUAAAGCUGGAACAGCAUCACAGAGAAGUAAAAGUGAAGGAAGAUCAACCUCUCCAGCACCCAGUGGUUUAUCUAUGAAGAGUGAUCAGUCAAUGAGCCUUCCUCACAACUUUAAAGCUGGAACAGCAUCACAGAGAAGGUACUGA